AUGAACUCCAACUCCACCAAACGACUACGAGAAGCAAACAAUACGAAUCUGUCUGCCGACAGACAUGAUUCCAAGCGGUCAAAAGGUGGGCUCGGAGUGGAAAUCCACCCGUUCCUCAAAAGCAUAGUCCCCAUUCCACAGCUUCCGAAGGACUUUAAUCCACUCAGUAAAUCCGCCAGCAAUGCGAUAGACUCCACAAAAUCAAACCCAUAUUUGGAUAGCUCCACUCCACAAGCAUCUAGAAGGACUAGGAAGGGCGCUUUCGAGUUUAAUCAUAGCGGAAAGUAUGUUGAAAUUGCUAAUCAGAUAAGAGAGCAGGAGGCUGCUAAAAGUGAGCAACUCCGCAAACACAAGAUUUUGGCACUGAAAGGACUUGUUCCCAACGACGACCUAGGAGAGUCACUAUACUCCCAGGAGUGUCCAGCGGAUGACACCGUCGAGUGGUGGGAUGCGUACUACGUGAAUGGUGAUAAGUAUAGGUGUACUGAGCAGCCAGAAAACAUCAUUUUGGACAACGAAGAAGCGCCUGUUUCACUCUAUAUCCAGCACCCGGUGUUCUUGAAAGCUGCAUAUGAGAAGCAUAUGCCCGUCCAACAACCAUUGUAUUUGACCAAAAAGGAGAUGAAGAGAAAGAGAAAGAUCGAGCGUCAGGAGAAGCUAAAGGCGCAACAAGAGCGGGUCAAGAAAGGGCUUGAACCCCCUCCUCCUCCUAAGGUCAAGCUUUCCAACAUUAUGAGCGUUCUAACCAACGAGGCCAUUAAGGAUCCCACGGCGGUGGAGAAACGGGUGAAAAAAGAGGUUGAGGCCCGGUUCAACAAACAUAUUCAACAGAACGAAGAGCGUAGACUCACCAAAGAGCAGCUGCACCAAAAGCUUCAUGAACGCCGGGAGCACGAUCUCUCGAAGGGAUAUUUCCGAGCCGUUUACAAGAUCCAGACACUUGUGGAUCCUCAGCAUUUCUUCAAAAUCGAUAAAAAUGCCCAACAACUCGAGCUAAAAGGAGUCUGUAUCGCUUACAACAAGAUGAGUUUGGUGGUGGUGGAAGGUGGUAGCAAGUCACUCAAGUACUACGAUAAACUUAUCACCAGACGGAUCGACUGGACCAAAUCCAACCGUUCUGACGUAGACUUGUCGGAAAAUCGAGCGACAAAAGUCUGGGAAGGUCAAAUCAAGGACCUUCAAUUUCAAAAAUGGUCAGUUCUUAAGCCACGGGAUGACACAGACCUCACAAGCAUGUUAUCCCGUUUCAGCUUGCAAAACUACUGGCGGGAAGCUCUAUUAGUAUAA